AUGGCAUCGACAAUGAGACCUCUCGUCCAAAUGAUUGGACGAGCCUCGCGCUCCAGUGUCCCCUCCCUCGAACGCAGCACCCUCCGAUCAAUCCCGUCGCAAAACGCUUUCGUUUCUCUCCGAACAAAACCAGCCCGGUCCGCAUACACUCAGACUCUCAGACACAAUGGCCUCUCCUCUCAGCGCUCCUUCAGCACGACUACUUUCCGUGCUCGGGCACGCACAAUGGGCCAGCUGAAGGCCCGGAACUCCACCGGUCCGUUCUCGUGGAAGUCCGCGCUGCUCUUCGUCAUUACCGGUGCGGCCAUGAUCGUGUAUUUCCGGGUGGAAAAGGAACGGUUGGCGCGGAAGCGCAUCGCAGAGAUGAGCAAGGGAGUUGGUCGGCCAAAGGUUGGCGGCCCGUUUGUGUUGAAGGACUUGGACGGCAAACAGUUUACCGAAGAGGAUCUGAAGGGAAAGUACAGCUUUGUUUACUUCGGCUUCACACACUGCCCUGAUAUCUGCCCGGACGAAUUGGACAAGAUGGCCGAGAUUAUUGACAAGGUGAAGGAGGCUACCAAGGGCGAGAACAUCUUCUUGCCUGUCUUCGUUACUUGCGAUCCUGCUCGCGAUACCCCCGAGGUGCUGCACUCGUAUCUCCAAGAGUUCCACGGAGAUAUUAUCGGCUUGACGGGCACGUACGAGCAGGUGAAGAACAUGUGCAAGCAGUACCGGGUGUACUUCAGCACGCCGCAGCACGUGAACCCGGGCGAGGACUAUCUGGUGGACCACAGUAUCUAUUUCUACCUGAUGGACCCCGAGGGCGACUUCGUCGAAUGCAUUGGUCGCCAGGACACCCCCGACUCGGCCACCAAGGUCAUCAUGGAGCACAUCAACGACUGGAAGCGCGAAGGCAAGCCAUUGAGGAAGGACUAG